CGACCCGUUUACUGAAGUCGCUAUUACACUGGAAGAGUCUGAGCAGUGAAGAGUGAAGGAUGCUGAGGUUUUAUGUACUCCUGGUUCCUCUCUGUAAAGCAUACGGGGACGUUCUCUACGCCGACUUUGGAGACAAUGUUACUCUGCAUUGCUUCUACACCUCCAGUGCCUCCCAUCUGAACUGGUACAAGCAGAUGCCAGGAGAACCGCCGCAGAUCAUAUCCACUUUUUACAAACAUCUUCCCAGCUCCAACACCUUACACAGGCAAUUUAAGGACAAUAAGCGACUUUCAGUUUACACCAAGGAAGGGCUCUAUGAUCUGAAGAUCUCCGAUAUCCGAGACUCUGAUUCUGCUCUGUACUACUGUGGGUACACCAGCAUCUCCAUCACCGAGUUUGACAACGGAACAUUUUUAUUGCUAAAAAAUUCCAGCUGCAAGACGUUCCUCCACCAGCCAGACUCCGUCUCUGCCCAACCAGGAGGCUCUGUGACUCUGAACUGCACCAUGCUGACCGGAACUGUUAACGGAGACCACAGCGUUUACUGGUUCAGGAAGAACUCGGAGGGAUCCGAUCUGGGAACGCUGUACACAACGACACAGAGUGGUGGUCCGUGUGCGCGGAGCCCAGAGGACGGUCCUGCUGUCCACAGCUGCGUGUACAGCUUACCAAAGAGGAACGUGACCGUGUCUGAUGCCGGGACGUACCACUGCGCUGUGGCUUCAUGCGGACGGAUUCUAUUCGGACCAGGAACAAGACUGAAUGUGGGAGAGAAACAGGUUGACCCUGCGUUGAUGCAUGGAGGUGCUGCGUCCCUGGCUGCGUCUCUGAUCUUUAACAUCAUCCUGAUGUUUAUUGUUUGUCGAAAUUUCAGAAGAAAAAUCAAUCAUUCAGAAGGAUCACAUCAAGAGCCAGGAAAUGCUGCUGACACUCAGGACGAAGACUUAACGGUGGUUCAGUAUGCAGCCCUGGAUUUCAAACUGAAGUCGGACGCAAAGAACAGACAGAAGAACCGAGAGGAGGAACCGGUUUACUCCAGAGUCAGACAGUCCAACCAGAAGUGACUGAAUGUUUUAAACCGCACAGGCACUGCUGCUCUUUGCUUUCUGAGAUCUGUGCAGAGGCAAAUGAGGAAAACAUGCAGAUUCUGAUACAUUUGAACUGGAGAUGCGUCAAUCAUAAUGUGGUUGGUUUUCUAAGCUCUGGUUUUUGUAAAAUUUUGACCUGUUGAUGCUAACUCAGGUAUCUCUGAAGCAUGGAUUGAGCUUUUUAUGGAGUCAGUACUGAACGCAGUCGGGCAGAGGGCUGCAGGUUUUACAUUUUUUUUAGCUUUAGUCAAGCUAGUUGAAACUUGACUAAAACUGCCAAUGUUAUGUAACCUUUUGGAAAAACACAACUUGUAAUUUUUAUGGAAAUUAUCAAAAGUAAAUUUUUCUUGUCAUUUUUAUAGAAUCACAACUUUCAUUUUUGGUUUUAAACCAUAAAGCUUUUUUCUUUUUUAAAUAAAGGAAGAUGGAUAUAGUAUAUUUUACUGGAUCUAAACAUUAUGUAUAACAUUAUUAUUUUUUUAAAUGUAGUACUGGUACUAUUAGUGUCUUUUUGUUGUGGAAAUUCAAUGCAAUUUUCCCUAGAAAACCCCCCAAAACAAACAGAAAAACAGGUAAAACCUGCAUUUUUUUUACAUGCAUAUUUAAAUACAUUGGCUGGUUCCUUUUCCAUCUUCAGAAGGAGUUUUGAGCCACUGUGGAACAUCCAGAGAGCAAUUUGCAGCUCCAGAGUCACAAGUUGCAGACAUGAGCUGUUUGGCAAAACCGAAAAUGAUGCUGCAACUUAUUCAUCUGUUCUCUGUUCUGCAUGUAAGUGUGACCUUUUGCUCUCGCCUUAUAUGCCAAUCUAUAGCAUCUUUACUAAUAUCUAAAAAGUCUUGUUUACACUGCUUUAAAAAAAGUCAAAGCAGGAACCAUGAGUUAUCUGGUGCCUAC